AUGCCGGGUCUGACGUUUCUUCAAAUUCUAAGUCUUGCUGUAGUAUUCUUAGCAUACUUAGUGUAUAAAUUUAUAAUUUCCCCUUAUUUGUACUUGAGAAAGUUAGGUUUAGGUGUCCCAUUCCCUCUUGAUUUCCUUGGCAAUACUACGGAUUUAGGCCCAACAAAACGCCAUUAUAACCAGUUAAAAAGACUUGAAAAAUAUGGAAGGAUACAUGGCACACUAUUUUUUCAUUUUCCAGCCAUAUGGGUUGGUGAACCAGAAGUAUUGCAAACAAUUUUGAUUAAGGAGUUUUCUAAUUUUACCAAUCGAUUUGCUUUCACCAACACACUAAAACCUUUUGACAAGUCUCUGUUCGAUCUGCAAGGUGCAGAUUGGAAACGUGUUCGAACUAUUGUUCUCCCUACAUUUAGUACUGCAAAACUUAAACUAACAUUUGCAAUCAUCAACGAUGCUGGUGAUCACUUGUGUGAGCGAAUGAUGACCGCAGAGCAGGAAGGCCGACCAAUUGAAUUAAGGGAUUGCUGUGGAAAAUUUGCAAUGGAGGUAAUUCUAGGAGCUAUAUUUGGCAUAGAAUAUGAAUCUGAAGAACAAGAAAGAAAAGUAACUGAAGCUGCAGCAGGCAUCUUUGCAACUGAAUCUGGAUUCUUGCAAUUUCUGGCAAUUAUAUCACCGACUUUAUUUCGAAUUUUGGAACCAAUGGUCGGUGGAAAAUUAAUUUAUUCCAUUGAUUACUUAAUGGCAGUAACUAAAAAAGUAAUUGAACAUCGAAGAAAAAAUCUUAGAGCUGGUGUAUCUUGCCGUGGAGAUAUAUUACAGUUAAUGAUUGAAGCGGGGGAUCAUGACAAGCUUGACAACGACGAAAUUAUAGCUCAAGCCUUUGUUUUCCUGGUAGCUGGCUACGAAACAACGGCUAACACUUUAACAUUUUUAUCACAUAUUUUAGCUGUUAAUUCCGACGUCCAACAAAAGGUGUAUGAGGAGAUUAGUUCAAAGUAUCAUGAAGAUAUUGGUAUAGAAUCUUUGCAAGAUUUACCCUAUUUAGAUAUGGUGAUUGCAGAAACUAUGCGGCUUUACCCAGCUGCUUACGCUGUCGAUCGUUUAGCGCGAGAUGAGAUCACCAUUAAAGGCUUUCGAAUACCUAAAGGUAUGAUGAUUGGCAUACCUAUUUAUUCACUUCAUCACGAUCCUAUGUUAUGGCCGGAUCCCGAAAAAUUUAUACCCGAAAGAUUUACACCUGAAGAAAAGGCUAAAAGACAUCCAUGCAGUUACCUCGCAUUUGGUAAUGGACCACGUAAUUGCAUAGGUAUGAGAUUUGCUCUGCUAGAACUUAAAUUGGCAAUAGUGAAAAUUAUAAGUCGCCUAGAAUUAAUUAUGGUUAAACAAACUGAAAGACGAAUGGAAACGAAAACAUCUACUGCCUUAUUACCUGCAAAACCCGUGUACGUGGGGAUAAGACGAAGGCAUUAA